CUCCCUUCCUUCCUUCUCUGCGAAGGUACUCAUCUGAAAAAUGAGAACAAAGAGAUUGUUCCUGUUCUCUUUCUUGAGCCCUUCAGAUGCUGCGUGUGAGGCCGCCAGCUCAGUGUGAGGAGCGCAGAGCAGACGACAGGUGAUGGGUGAAUCAACAAGUCUGUCAAGCCACAUGAACACCAACGGUUAGCUGUAAGAGCCGUCGAUAUGGAUUCAAAAGACAUCGAAAGCCAGAGGUCAGAGGUCACCAGGACCGUCGAUCUUUCUCUUCUGCCGUACCCUCGACCUGUCGGGUCUCACCGUUACGCCCCGGACAUGAUCGACCUCAACAGGCUGCGGCUGCAUCGCAUCGUCGGGCGAUACGACGGCGUACGGGUGAAACAAGAGACUCUAAAGCCCCUUCCUCUCUGGCCUCCCUCUCCUCUGCUCACGCACGCUCCGGCAACGUUCUUCCCCGCUUUCCAUCCCAGCUUAGUGCCGUUCCCUUUCCUCCUGCCCGGCUCCGUGCCACACAUCUCCCCGAACCCGUUCUUCCAGAGCGAGGUGCCGGGGUAUCGGCGCAGAGGCCGAGAGGGCGGCGGACCCGACCCGACCGUCGUCGAGAAGCCGGCCCCGAACGUCCACGUGGACGACAGCUACUACGUCGACGUGGGCGGCGAUCAGAAGCGCUGGAAGUGCCGCAUGUGCGAGAAAUCGUACACGUCCAAAUACAACCUGAUCACGCACAUCCUGGGCCACAGCGGCAUCAAACCUCACGGCUGCAGGCUCUGCGGGAAGCUCUUCAAACAGCUGAGCCACCUGCACACGCACAUGCUGACGCACCAGGGCGCCCGGCCGCACAAGUGCCAGGUGUGUCACAAAGCCUUCACGCAGACCAGCCACCUGAAGAGACACAUGAUGCAGCACAGCGACGUCAAGCCCUUCAGCUGCGGCGUCUGCGGUCGGGGCUUCGCGUACCCCAGCGAGCUGCGCGCCCACGAACCGAAGCACGACAGGGGUCGGGAGAACGUCUGCGUGGAAUGCGGCCUGGACUUCCCCACGCUGGCCCAGCUGAAGCGGCACCUGGCGGCCCACCGCGGCCCAGCGCAGUACGACUGCGUCGACUGCGGCAAGAGCUUUCAGUAUCCCAGCCAGCUUCAGAAUCACACCAUGAAACACAAAGACAUCCGGCCGUUCAUCUGCGGCGAGUGCGGGAUGGAGUUCGUCCAGUCGCAUCAUCUCAAGCAGCACACGCUGACGCAUAAGGGAGUGAAGGAGCACAAGUGUCGCAUCUGUGGCCGCGAGUUCACGCUGCUCGCCAACAUGAAACGUCACGUUCUCAUUCACACCAACGUCAGGGCGUAUCAAUGUCACCUGUGCUACAAGAGCUUCGUCCAGAAACAGACGCUAAAGGCUCAUAUGAUCGUCCACUCGGACAUCAAGCCCUACAAAUGCAAGCUGUGUGGAAAGGAGUUUAACCGAAUGCAUAAUCUGAUGGGUCACAUGCACCUGCAUUCAGACAGCAAACCCUUCAAAUGUCUUUACUGUGCCAGCAAGUUCACAUUAAAGGGAAACCUGACGCGUCACAUGAAGGUCAAACAUGGCAUCAUGGACCGAGGCCUGGACGCUCGAGUCUUUAGGCGUCGAGGGCGACUGUGUCUCUCCAGCCCGCUGCGGAUUCUGACCCGCGUGGGUCAGGAGGAACCCUUUGAUCUGUCGCAGAAGAACCAUGGGCAGAUCCGUUUGUCCCAGUCUGACGGGGAGAGCGUCCGAGGUGAGAGUUCCAGUCGUGAGGAAGAUGAAGACAGUUUGUACAGAAUGAGCCAGUACAGUCCUGCCAUCUGUAACCCGGCACUGGAGGCUAGAGAGGCGGAUGAUGAAGAGGAUGAUGAUGAUGAGGAAGUCAGUGAGGAAAAGAAGACCAGUGGGGAGGAAUAAACCGAGCUCUCUGAUUGACAGCUGUAUAAAAACGGACAAACACGCUGUGAAUAUACUGUAUGAUGUCUUUAAUGUGAAAAAAUGUAUAUAGAAAUCUGUGAAAGUAUCUUCAUCUCAGAAGACGUAAAGCUCAUGUUUAUUCUACUAGAAAGAAUCCAGAGUGUUUAAUGAAAAUAAUAUAAUUGUAAAAAGAAAAUUGAUAUUAUAAUUAUUUUUAUACAUGCUUUCAUAAAUGCUAAUAAUGCUGAUUGCCUUCAAUGGAGGUUUGUUGUUUGAAAUGUUCUUGCUUGAUUAAUUCAUCCUGAAUGAGUACUGACCGUUUGAUUAUUUUUAUAAGAAUAUCUACAUGAAUGAAAUGAUUUUCAUUUGCCAAUCAAUCAUUGUAUUUAUGCUCAAUAAAUUCAUAUAAAAAAUAAA